GACAUUCUUCAUAUUCAGGGAUUGAAGAUGUAGAUCUACAACAGUACUUUAGCACCUUACAGAAUCUACUGUCAGAUCCUGGAUAUUUGGCUUCUUAUAAACCUUCACAAAAAGCCAAAGAGAAAUUAUUACAGCUUCAAAAUGAUACUUUGGCCAUUGGUGUAGACGAUAUCCGGAAAGUGCUGAAUGAGUUUGUCGAGGCAGUUCAUGGUGAAUUUAGGACUGAAAAGGAUGAACGAAAGAAAGAAGCUGUAAAACAGAAGUUAGAACUGAUCAAAAUCACAAACAAGUCUGUAAAUGCUUUUGAAAGACAAGAAAAAUUGUCAAUGUUUGAGCUAGAAAAAGCAUUACAGUCUGCGAUUGAUAAAACAGAAGUGGAUACAAAGGAAUCAGUUACAGAGGAUCACUCAACACAAAUGAAGCACCGACAUGAACCUGAGGAUUUAGAUACCGUUCCUUCAGAUAUUGAUCUAGAUAGGAUUGCACGGACAAUAGGAUUUAGUUGGGAGUUACUUGGACCUCACCUUGGACUUUCUAAACCGACGAUUGAACAUAUAGUGAUGGACAAUAACACUUCGUCAGAACGUAUAUAUCAAAUGUUAUACAACUGGAGAGAGGAGCAAGGGACAAAUGGCACUAUAGGAAAUCUUUUCACAGCCUUCAGAAAUCAGCCGUCCACAAAUAUUGACUGGAAAACGCUUGAACAAUCUUUCCCUGAUGCUGAAAAAUUCAAGCCAAAAAAAGAAAAUAUUGACCACAGGUCACAGGCAGAGCAAGAUUAUGAAGAACGGAAAAAACGUAAGUUACAAUGUUAUCUGUAUUAUUUUUCUUAUCUUAUACAAGUUUAUAUUGUAUAGUGUAGAUUUAUAUGAGG